CGAGACCAUCAUGUGGUUUAUAACUAGAGCGGUUUCAGACUUUUUUCCCUUGGAACUUUCCCGACCUCUAGCCUCUUAAUAUUUGAAGUCCAUCUUACACGAUGCUCUCGUCACAAUACACCGUACCACAACAGCAAACUUAUGCCCAACAACAGGCAGCCAUGGCUAUGAACACAUUACUCCCUACACCACCCUCCUCACCACCACGCGUCGGGUUACACCCUGUUGAAUCGACAAUUACGCUUCUUGAGAACCUAGUUGCGUUCUAUCAUCAGGAACGGAUGUGGGUUUAUCGCACACGCGCACAACUAGAGAUGUCACUGCAGGAGCGGGACGCUAGCGCAGCAGCUGCGGCCACACAAGACGAAGAAGAUAUGGAGAAGGAGGAAGAGGAGCCGGACUCUGCAGAAGAAACAUCUGAAACUACCAAGUGGAUGAAGAGGAAGAAGGCGUUCGGGUUAAAGCUAGAAGGAAUCGCAACUACUAGAGGAAUGCCAAGAGGUGGAAUCAUGAAGCAGCGACCUAUAUUGCGACAACCGAUAUCAGCAGGGUUUGCCCACAGCAACCAGACGCAGAUCAGUGGUAGUGGACAACCGACGCUUGUACUGGGGGCUGGUGGACGAGAACCUGGAGUGGAGAUUCUAGAGAUGUUUGAAAGGAUGAUGCAGGCUAGAAUGGAGAGUUGUGAACGAGUUACCCGGAUGGUACGAAAUGCGAGUGGAGCUGGGUCACCAGGGCAAGGGUAUGCGAAUAACAUGAUACCACCACCACCUCAUGGUCCUGUUUAUGGUCAGAGCAGUUUCUUUAUAGGUGCUGGUAUGGGAUAGAGUCUCCUCGUAGAUGACUUUAUUUAUUGUGUACCAAUUACAUAAUUGAUUUAGAGAUUUAUUAUUUAUUAUCAUUGCCAACGCGUUGUCUUCCUCCU